UAAAGAACACCUGCAAGCUACUGUAAAUAAAUUCGAACGAUUUCCAUCACUUCGUGCAGUUAAAAAAGAGUUGUCUUCUUGAUCUACAUCAACCGAAUAAAGUGAACGUCAACUCAGUCGUAAAAAUCGUAUUAAGUAAUUCGGUUCUUUGUUGAUUUUUUUAAAAAUAGCUCGCAAUGUUUGAGUUUAAAUUGUAUUUAAAACCGCCACCUCUUCCCCUAUUCAACAGUUGUAAUUGUACUUGGUCCGGUUGAAUAUUUGUUAUACACAAUUCACAAUUUUCACAAAAGGUACAAAAAAUCGAUUGUCGACCAAAUCAAGGAAAAUGAAACACCAAGAAAAUGAAAACAGACAUAAAGAGGAAAUAUGCAUAAUUGGCGCAAUAUCAAAUGAAUUGAAUUCCGAAUUGAAUGCCAUGCCGAAUGCUUUGCCAUUGAUUAAAGAAGAAACUCGAAUUGAUAUGGCAUAUGAAAUCGUCGAUGAGUUUUGCUCGAAUUCAACGGUUCAUGGCAUCCGAUACAUUACGGAACGCAAACAUCAUUGGACCGAGAGAUUGUGGUGGAUAAUUGCAUUUGCGUGUUCUGUCGGUUGGUGUUCGUAUUCGAUCCUUACGAUUUGGCAGGAUUGGCAAAGUAGACCUGUGAUUGUGUCAUUUAAUGACAAAACCACAUCAAUUCAAGAAAUUCCCUUUCCAGCUGUAACCGUGUGCAGUACCAACAAAUUCCGCAAAGAGAUAUUCGAAAGUGAAGAAUAUAAUGGUUUGAUCGUAACCAAUUUCACCGACAAAUUUUUCUCCAAUAUCACACCUGAUAAAAUGAAUAAGUUGGACGCUGUAUCUCACAUAUGCAGUAAUUUCCAAAAUGUUUUGGAUCUCCCGAUCCAUCCGCUAGUUAAUCGAUCUGAAUCCAUUUACAAAACGAUUAACGAGAUUAGCCCAGAAAUAAUUGUCCUAUUCUCGAAAUUUUUCGAUGACAUGGUGAAAUUCAAAGAAAUCAUUACAGCCGAAGGUAUUUGCUACACCUACAACUCGCUGAAUUCGCGGGAAAUCUACUCAGAUGAAAUUGCGCCAGAACUGAUAACCGUUCUAGAUAAUCCGAAUUCAACAUGGUCCAUAGAAAAUGGUUAUGAUCAUGGUAUUAAAGAAUCAGACAUUUUUCCAAAAAGGAUGUUCGGAGCCAGUUCACGCGAUGUUUUACACGCACUUUUCUCUAUACGCAUCGAAAGUAUCAACCGCAAUUGCAGCACACUUGCAGACGGAUUUCGCAUAUCAUUGCAUGCACCUCACGAAUUACCUCUGUUGCCAGACGAUUUUUUGUUCGUUCCCAUUCAACGAGAUAUUUUCGUUUCCAUUAAACCGAACCAAUUCUCAACCAUGCAAGAAUUGCGUGGGUAUACACCCACAAGAAGGGGAUGUUUUUUUAACACCGAACGUGAGCUUAGAUUUUUCAAAUCGUACACACAAAGCAGCUGUGAGCUCGAAUGUUUGUCAAAUCUCACCAAGACCAAUUGCGGAUGUGUCAAAUUUUCAAUGCCAAGAGAUAAAAGCACGAAAAUUUGCACAAUUUUCGACAUACAUUGCUACAUAAAAACUUUCGAUGAUUAUUCAAGGAACUCGUACAACGAAUGCAACUGUUUGCCUGAUUGUGCUACUCUGACUUACGAUUUUGAGGUGUCACAAGGUCGUUCAAGUUACACGACAAGUGAAAUAUCCACUUCUGGAACGAGUUCCGAUGAUGUGAAUAGCAAACUAUUCGUUACUUUUAAAGAGCAACACUUCAUUGGCAAAGUGCGAAUGGCAAAAUAUAGUUAUUCGGGCUUCAUAGCCAAUUGUGGUGGUCUCUUUGGUCUCUUCAUGGGCAUCUCUGUGUUAUCAGUUGUCGAGCUCGUUUAUUACUUCACAUUGCGUUUAUUCUGCAAAUUACGAACACCCAAUUUAACCGUUGACAAUGAUACACGCAACAUUUUUCUCCGCAGAAUCGAAUUUUAAGUGAAUUUUUACUCAUUUGCGUUCUUAUUUUGCAUAAGAAACAUCCAUAAACAAUAAAAUACAAAUUCAGUUCGGAAUUUUUCAGAGUCAAAUUGCUAUCAGCAUUUUGACCAAACUUUUGCACCACAAAGAUUGAAAUUAUGAUAAGGUUUUUGUACACAGCUUUUUAAUGUAUUCAUGUUUUGAAAAUAAAGUUUUUGGAAAAAGAUGUUUUUUUGAUUUUAA